CGCACACCCCACAGCCUGGCUGCCGCGGCCGCCGCGCCGCCAAACUUUCCCCGGAGCCGGCGCCGGAAGUGAGCCAUAACUGGAGGCUGCUCUUGCGCCAAUGACCCUUCCCAAUUCCUCCUGCAUCUUAGAAGACACCAUGUGUGAGGGGAACAAGACCGCCGUGGCCAGGCCCCAACUGAUGCCCCUGGUGGUGGUCCUGAGCACCGUCUCCUUGGUCACAGUGGGCCUCAACCUGCUGGUGCUGUACGCUGUACGGAUCGAGCGGAAGCUACACACUGUGGGGAACCUGUACAUCGUCAGCCUCUCAGUGGCAGACCUCAUCGUGGGGGCUGUUGUCAUGCCCAUGAACAUCCUCUACCUACUCAGGUCUAGGUGGUCCCUGGGCCGGCCGCUCUGCCUCUUUUGGCUUUCCAUGGACUAUGUGGCCAGCACAGCAUCCAUUUUCAGCGUCUUCAUCUUAUGCAUUGAUCGCUACCGCUCUGUCCAGCAGCCCCUCAGAUACCUGAAGUAUCGUACCAAGACCCGAGCAUCAGCCACCAUCUUGGGUGCCUGGUUUCUCUCCUUUCUGUGGGUUAUUCCCAUUCUAGGCUGGCAUCGCUUCAUGUCGAAGAUCGCGGAGCGCCGGGAGGACAAGUGCGAGACAGACUUCUACGAUGUCACCUGGUUCAAAGUCAUGACUGCCAUCAUCAACUUCUACCUUCCCACUGUGCUCAUGCUCUGGUUCUAUGUCAAGAUCUACAAGGCCGUCCGGCGGCAUUGUCAGCACCGGGAGCUCAUCAAUGGAUCGCUCCCUUCCUUCUCAGAAAUUAAGCUGAGGCCAGAGAAUCCCAAGGUGGGUGCCAAGAAACCAGGGAAGGAAUCUCCCUGGGAAGUCCUGAAAAGGAAGCCGAAAGAUGCUGGUGGUGGACCUGUCUUGAAGCCACCAUCCCAAGACCCCAAAGAGAUGAACUCUCCAGUUGCCUUCGGCCAGGAGGAGGAUGGAGAAGUGGCCAAACUUCACUGCUUCCCACUUGACAUCACACAGAUGCAGACUGUGGCAGAGGGGAAUGUCAAGGACUAUGUGGCUGUCAACCAGAGCCAGAGCCAGAGCCAGCUCAAGAUGGAUGAGCAGGGCCUGAACAUGCAUAGGUCCAGCGAGAUAUCAGAGGAUCAGGUGUUAGCUGAUAGCCAAUCCUUCUCCCGGACAGACUCAGACACCCCCCCAGAGCCAGCACCCAGCAAAGGCAAAUUGAAAAGUGGUUCUAACGCAGGCCUGGAUUACAUCAAGUUCACUUGGAAGAGGCUGCGCUCACAUUCGAGACAGUGUGUGUCUGGGCUGCACAUAAACCGAGAACGGAAGGCUGCCAAGCAACUGGGUUUUAUCAUGGCAGCCUUCAUCCUUUGCUGGAUUCCUUACUUCAUCUUCUUCAUGGUCAUUGCCUUCUGUGAGAACUGCUGCAAUGAGCAUGUGCACAUGUUCACCAUCUGGCUGGGCUAUAUCAACUCCACACUGAACCCCCUCAUCUACCCCUUGUGCAAUGAGAACUUCAAGAAGACAUUCAAGAAAAUUCUGCACAUUCGCUCCUAAGGGAGGCUCUAAGGGGGUGCAACAAAGUGAUGUGAUGAUGUCCAACAAGCAAACGGAGGAUGAGGCCUGUGUGUUGGCAGCACCUGGGCUUUCUGGAGUCAAAGCCACAGUCUUAGGGACUGGGUAGUUUGCAAAGUUCUUUGGCACCACUGGAAGAACAGUAGAUGCUGGUGGUCAGCAGAGAGAUUGAACUUUGAAUAAAAAGCAGAAUCUUUGCAAGAGAAUCAGACUUGAGUGGAGCUCUCCUUCCCUUCAGGAGCUGUGAGAGCCUAAGACUCGUAAUUCAAGCUUUCAGACUUGAAUGAAUUGGCAACAGAAGGGACAUGUGGGUAGACUUCCACUGGAGAAUUAAACAGAACUCUCCAGCCUUCCUGGAAUGGAGCUAUGUGACUGUAUGGAGACCUUACACAUGCAAACAGUUUCUGUCCCCUUCCAGGGGUCACCUUGAGAGGCAUGACUGCUAUUCCACUGUGGCUGCCCCUUCUCAGAAUAUCUCUCUUCUAAGCCUCUUUUGCAGCUUUCUCCAGAACCAGUGUCUGACCCACUUUGGAGAUGCUGCCUUAUAAUUUACCACUCACGCAUGUCUUAGAGCUGAUAGAAAGUCACGCAGCUUGCACAUUUUUAACCUCACAUUUCCUUUGGCUAUUUAAAAUACGGUAGCAAGAGGUGUUCUCAAAAGAAAGAGAAAAGAAAUAUUUUUUAAAGCUUGCAUGUUAAAAACUAAA